AUGGCCGAUACCAGUGACUGUACGCUGGCUACCUGCCCAGUUGAGUUGUCGGAGAUUGGAUACUUGCCCAACGUCGCCGGUAACGUCUUCAUUGCCGCAUGGUUCGGUGUAUGUCUCCUCGCUCAGCUGGUGCUCUCGAUCAAGUACAAGACGUGGAGUCAUCUGGCCGGUCAAUUCUUUGGACUCAUCCUGGAGAUUGUUGGCUACGCCGCUCGCGCCAAGCUCCACGAUGAUCCGUUUGGAAACCAGUUCAUCGUAUACAUCAUCACCGUCACCAUCGCGCCGGCCUUCCUGUGCUACACCAUCUACCUCUCCUUCGGCCGCAUCGUCAUUAUCUACGGCACCCACCUCUCGGUCAUCCCCUUCCGCUUCUACACCAUCAUCUUCGUCGCCACGGACAUCAUCUGUCUUGUGCUGCAGGCUGGCGGCGCGGGGUGGACCCAAGACAAGAACAUCUCGCCGGCCAAUCUCGAGCGCGCGAUCAACGUGCUGCGCGCCGGCCUCGGGAUGCAAGUCGCCAGUCUGAGCAUCUUUAUUGUCCUCGCCGUCGACCUCGCGUACCGCGUCGUCCGACGUCGAAACUCGUGGAGCAUGCGAUUCGUCUCGGUGCGAGAAAAGAAGAUGUUCAAACCGAUGUUGCUGGGCUUCUUCACCGCCGCGGUCCUCAUCCUCGUCCGCUCCGCCUACCGCAUCCAAGAACUCAGCGAAGGCUUCGUCCCCCCCGAAGAUAACGCCGAGGUCCUCUUCAUGAUCCUCGAGGGCGCCAUGAUCGGCCUCGCCUCGCUCCUCCUCGUCCUCGUCCACCCGGGUCCCGUCUUCGGCCCCGCCGCCUGGAAGGCUACCAGCUUCUUCUCCAAGCAGCCGUCCCGGGCUGAGAAGCUAGAUCACCACUCGGCGGCUGAGAAUGGCUUCGAGAUGCCUGCUGCUGCUGGCGGUGAUGAGGGGGAUGGUGGUGAUGAGAGGAAGGGGCUGCGGGCGUCUGAUAUGUCGGGGGGGAGCAGUAGUCGGCCGUUCAAAGGAUAG